AUGUCUAAAAUCAUAGCAAGGAAGCUUGGGAUUGUAGAGAUGGAGCCUCCUGGAAAGAUGCUCAAGUUUGCAGAUGCUUCUAGCACAACUCCAUAUGGCUUUGUGCGUGAUCUAGAGAUGCAAGUAGGUGGAUGUCUAGUCCCCACCGAUUUCCACAUCAUAGAGAUGCAAGAUGAAGCUUCUAUGUCACUGGUCCUUGGGACUCCUUUCCUUACAACCGUGGGAGCAAUGUUUGAUUUUCGCAAGGGACAAGUCUCUUUCUCUGAAAUCAAGAAGAAGGUCUUCUAUCCUGGCGUUCCUACUGAAACCUCAUGUUGUACAACCAUCUACAGUGAGGAGAGAGCAAUUUUAGACCCUGGAGAUGACAUUAAAAGGUGUUUCAAGGAUAGUGGUUCAGUUUUGGCUCCUAAAGAUCAUCAUACAUGGGAUGUUUUCAAGCUUGAGACACGUCCUAGAGCACCACCAAGACCAGCACCAUCCGAAUCUCCUUGGUAUAGACACAUUGCCAACUACCUUGCUGCUGAGCUCCCACCGCCUCAAUUCUUUGGCUACAAGAAAAAGAAGUUCUUAAGGGAUGUUAAAAGGUACUUCUGGGAUGAACCUUGUCUUUAUAAACAUUGUUCUGAUGGUAUUCUUAGAAGAUGCAUUCCAGAGGAGGAGGUUCCAGGAGUUCUCUUUGCUUGUCAUGGUUCUGACUAUGCAGGACACUUUGCUACUAACAAGACCAUUGCUAAGAUAUUGCAAGCUGGGUUUUGGUGGCCCACCAUGUUUAAGGACGCCCAUACCUUUAUCUCUAAGUGUGAUGCUUGCCAGAGACAAGGGAACAUCAGCAAAAGGAAUGAGAUGCCACAAAACUUCAUCCAAGAAGUGGAAGUCUUUGAUGUUUGGGGAAUCGACUUUAUGGGUCCUUUUCCUUCUUCUUAUGGAAACAAGUACAUCCUUGUUGCUGUGGAUUAUGUCUCUAAGUGGGUAGAAGCCAUAGCCAGCCCUACAAACGACUCCAAGGUGGUGAUAAAGUUAUUCAAGUCAAUCAUCUUCCCAAGAUUUGGCAUCCCACGAGUUGUGAUUAGUGAUGGAGGAUCUCAUUUCAUCAAACAAGGUCUUUGA